AUGAAAGCAGCUGAGGCGUCCUACCCUGAAAUAUUUGUUUAUAUAUUGGGGCUGAACACAGGUGGAGCACGGCAAAAAAGAUCGGAUGUGCAAGCCGCCAAAACAUCGGCCAUCAUCAUCACCAUCUUCACGAUCUCAUGGCUGCCCUACGCCACUCUGGCCCUCCUCUCUCUUAUCGGUUAUCGCCACCUCCUGACACCCAUCUCCGCCGAGAUAGCUCUGUUCUUUGCCAAGACCAGUGCCGUCUACAAUCCCGUGGUUUACGCCCUCACGAAUGCAAAGUUUCGCGUGAGGUUGACCAAAAGGAUGUCAUGCCUGAUGCAGUGCUGGCAUUGCCGUAGAGAGCAGGUCACGAUUGCUUAA